AUGGUAAAAACACUUGUUAAUGGGCCGGAUUUUUACGAGCCACUGGCAACAAUUGAGCCUUUGCAGUUCAAGCUACUGAAUUCGGGAGAAACGGCCACUGCGUUUCCGGUUUAUUCUGCUAAAGAUAUUCCAGAUUCUCUCAUUGACUAUUUGCAUGCUGAGUUUAACAAAGAAGUUGAAGAUGGCCUUACAUAUCCGCACCUAAACACCCUAACGAGAGAUGAGUUUGUGAAGUAUUGGUUUUUUUCUUUCUGUACGAUCGUUUUGAAGACCGAACAGAAAGAAAUCGACCCGCUCUGGACUGACUGGGACAAUCUACUUCUUGGCACGUUCUACAUCAAACCUAACUACUCUGGAAGAUGCUCUCACAACUGCAAUGCUGGAUUUCUCGUGAACUCCGUUCAACGGGGCCAAAAAAUCGGCUUUCGUUUGGGACAGGUGUAUUUGAAGUGGGCUCCCUUGUUAGGCUACAAAUACUCUGUAUUUAACCUCGUAUUUGUCACAAAUCCUGGCAGCUGGAGGAUUUGGGAUAAACUUCAGUUUGAUAGAAUCGGAUAUAUCCCCAAAGUCGCCAUUUUGAAAGGACACGAGGAACCAGUGGAUGCAAUAAUGUUUGGUAAAGACUUGACGAGCAUUGAUAGCAGACUUCUAGACGAUCUUGAGUAA